AAAACAAGAGUCAAACCUCAAAAACUCCCACAUGGUUGAACAGCAACAACUUUCAUGUUUGGAUUUCAGGAAUUUAAGAAACGUCUGUCUGUUUGGUAAUUACUAGAUUCCAUUUCCUGUCAGAUUCUUUGUUGGGAGGGUCGACUUUUUGAUUUGAUAAGUGAAAAUUGUUUUUGGAAUCUUUGUUUUGUGUCACUUUGUCCCAUUCCUUGUUCUGGGCUUUGUUUGGUUGAUUAGCUAACAGGAUAAAAGAUAUCAAAAAAUUCUGCUUGGAAUUAGAAACCAGAAUCUUCCUUGAUUCCUCCUCCCUUGUGGGUAAUGUUAGUUUCUUCCUUGUCUUCCUCCUAAUCCUCUUGGUGUUUUUUUCUUAUUGCAUUCUCAACUUGGAAGUUGCUUUGUUGGAUAUUGGAUAAGAUAGCAUCUUCACAAUCCCUUUUGCAAAUUUCACUUCCUCAAUAGUUAUUUUUUCCCCUUUUCUGGACCUUUGUAAGUUUUACCCUCAUUCCCUUUCUUCCUCAGCUUCCAAGUUUGACACUUUUUUUUUUUUUUUUUUCAAAAUUUUCCCUAAAUCUCUUGUUCAAGCAGACAUUUUCUGUAGAUUUGAUAGUGGGUUUCUCUCUCUCUCUCUCUCUCUCUCUCUCUCUCACUCUCUCUCUCUCUCUCUCUAGUUUCUCUCUCUAAAGAGGGCCAGUCAGACAGACCCACUUCCAAUAUUUUUGGCACUGUGGUGGUAGUGCUGUGGAUGAGUUUGGUUCAUGUGUUUGGUUUUGGUUUGAGGGUGGGGCAUCUCCUUUGGAUGCUAUGUUGCUGGAUUGUAUAUGUGAUUUCCAUGAAUUGGUUCCUUAAUAACGCUGGGAUUGUGGACACCAAGUCUGGUUUAACACUUGGUGAUGGUUUUUUGCCCAAGAUGUGCCUAAGAUGGUGGGAGAAGAUCUUCAAGAUGCACCACCACUAUUACCACUGCAUAGGCUCAAAAAGCCUCAGGAAAAGAUGGUGGAAAAGGGUCUUGGGUUGUUGGAUAAUUGGUUGGACUUUUGCCUCUCUUUGGAUCUUCUGGUACAUGAGCUCCCAAGUUUCUGAGAAGAGGAAAGAAACUCUUGCAAGUAUGUGUGAUGAGAGAGCUAGAAUGUUGCAGGACCAGUUUAAUGUCAGCAUGAACCAUGUUCAGGCCAUGGCCAUCCUUAUUUCAACUUUUCAUCAUGCCAAGAACCCUUCUGCUAUUGAUCAGAGAACUUUUGCAAGGUACACAGAGAGAACUGCUUUUGAGAGGCCUCUCACGAGUGGAGUGGCAUAUGCUGUGAGGGUGCUCCACUCUGAGAGGGAACAAUUCGAGAAGCAGCAAGGCUGGACUAUUAAGAGGAUGGAUACCCUUGAAAAGAACCCGGUUCAUAAGGAUAAGCAUGCACAAGAAACACCGGAGCCGUCCCCGGUUCAGGAGGAAUAUGCUCCGGUCAUCUUUGCUCAGGAUACCGUUUCGCACGUGGUUUCUCUGGACAUGCUCACUGGGAAGGAAGAUCGUGAAAAUGUGUUGCGUGCAAGGGCAUCGGGAAAAGGGGUUCUUACUGCUCCUUUUCCGUUGCUUAAAACAAAACGUUUGGGAGUUAUAUUGACCUUUGCCGUUUACAAGAGAGAACUCCUCUCGAAUGCAACUCCCAAUGAAAGAAUUCAAGCUACUGAUGGGUAUCUUGGUGGAAUAUUUGAUAUCGAGUCACUUGUGGAGAAGUUACUGCAACAACUUGCAAGCAAGCAAAUCAUACUUGUGAAUGUGUAUGACACUACCAACCACUCGGACCCAAUCAGCAUGUAUGGUUCAAAUGUUACGGAUGAUGGGUUGCAGCAUGUCAGCAGCCUAAAUUUUGGGGAUCCUUUCAGGAAGCAUGAAAUGCAUUGCAGGUUCAAGCAUAAGCCGCCAUGGCCGUGGUUAGCAAUAACAACCUCGUUUGGAAUUUUGGUGAUUGCCUUGCUUAUUGGUUAUAUAUUCCAUGCAACUAUAAACCGAAUUGCUAAAGUGGAGGAUGAUUACCAUGGAAUGAUGGAGCUCAAAAAACGGGCCGAGGCAGCUGAUGUUGCGAAAUCCCAGUUCCUUGCCACUGUGUCCCACGAGAUCAGAACUCCGAUGAAUGGUGUCCUUGGAAUGCUGCAUAUGCUUAUGGACACAGAUCUGGAUGUAACUCAACAAGAUUAUGUCAGAACUGCCCAGGCUAGUGGUAAAGCGCUAGUCUCACUUAUAAAUGAGGUUUUGGAUCAGGCAAAGAUUGAAUCCGGUAAGCUUGAACUCGAGGCAGUGCGCUUUAACCUGCGGGCAAUUCUUGAUGAUGUUCUGUCGCUGUUUUCUGGGAAGUCUCAAGAGAAAGGAAUAGAGUUGGCAGUUUACAUCUCGGAUCAGGUUCCUGAAAUGCUAAUCGGUGAUCCGGGAAGGUUUCGUCAAAUUAUCACUAAUCUUAUGGGAAACUCGAUCAAAUUCACAGAGAAAGGGCACAUCUUCGUCACGGUUCAUCUUGUCGAGGAGUUGAUCAACUCAAUUGAUGUUGAGACUGAAACCUCCUCGAAGAACACCUUGAGUGGUUUUCGUGUUGCGGAUAGACGUCUUAGCUGGACAGGAUUUAGAGCUUUCAGCCAGGAGGGGUCCACUUGCCAUGUCUCAUCAUCGUCCUCUGACCACAUCAACCUCAUUGUUUCUGUUGAAGACACAGGGGUAGGGAUCCCUCCAGAAGCCCAAGCACGUGUUUUCACUCCUUUUAUGCAAGUCGGACCAUCCAUCUCCCGGACACAUGGGGGAACGGGUAUUGGGCUGAGCAUAAGCAAGUGCUUGGUUGGUCUCAUGAAUGGGGAAAUUAAUUUCUCGAGCAUUCCAAAGAUUGGAUCCACCUUCACGUUUACCGCUGUUUUUACCAAUGGCUGCUGCAAUUCAAAUGAGUAUAAGAGCCAGCAAACCAACAACCAGCCAAGCACUUCAUCCUCAGAAUUUCAGGGUAUGAGAGCUGUGCUUGUGGACCCCAGAGCUGUUAGGGCAAAGGUGUCAAGAUACCAUAUCGAACGGCUAGGAAUUUAUGUUCAAGUAGCUCCUGAUUUGAAUCAGUGUAUGUCGAUCUUAAACAAUGGGAACACAGUUGUAAAUAUGAUCCUUGUUGAACAGGAAGUUUGGGAUAAGGAUUCAGGGGGUAAAGCUCUUGCUAUUAGUAAAUCGAAAAAUGAUCAAGGGAUUUCUCCAAAACUGUUUCUUCUUGCAAAUUCCAUCGGCUCUCCUAGGGCAAAUGCUGCAAGUUUCGGUGUCUAUGCUCCAAUUGUCAUCAUGAAGCCCCUAAGGGUAAGUAUGCUUGCUGCCUCACUACAACGUGCAAUUGGUGUUAGUAACAAGGGUAAUAAUAAUCCCCGUAACGGAGAGCUUUCCAGAUUAUCUCUCCGCAAUCUUCUUAGCGGGAGAAAAAUUCUCGUCAUUGACGAUAAUAAUGUUAACCUCAAAGUCGCUGCCGGUGCCUUAAAAAGAUAUGGCGCCGAUGUGGUCUGCGAGGACAGUGGAAUAAAGGCAAUCAAACUCCUUAAACCACCCCACAAUUUUGAUGCUUGCUUCAUGGAUAUUCAGAUGCCAGGGAUGGAUGGGUUUGAAGCUACAAAGACAAUUCGUGCAAUGGAAAAGGAUUUUAAUGAUCGAACUCAACAUGGAGAAGUCACUACUGCAGAAGUUUGUGAAAAUAUUUUGAAUUGGCACGUGCCCAUUUUGGCCAUGACUGCGGAUGUGAUUCAGGCCACGCACGAGGCGUGUGCAGAUGCUGGAAUGGAUGGAUAUGUUUCCAAACCAUUUGAAGCCGAGCAGCUUUACCGUGAAGUCUCGCGCUUUUUCCAGUUUGCUUCUUCAAAUGGGAACAUCUAGAGAUGCUCAUGCUAAUGAACACGGUGACAACAUAAGCACGAGUUGGUCUUCGAAGAAAUUUUGGGAACGUCUAAUGACUCAUACUUCUUCUCAUGAAGAAAAAGUUUGCUUUGUGGCAUGAGUGUAUAUAGAAGGGCCCUGCUUGAUAGAUUGGUUGAAAUUUGAGUUUGUGUUCAUUUUCCUAUGAGCCAAGGUGAUUGUGUUCAUUUUCCUAUGAGCCAAGGUGAUGAGAUCUCAAAGCAGAUUCAUUUUUCCUUGUAAAGUUUAAAAUCUGGGAUUUGGGAUUCCAGUAAAACUCUUCAAUGUGACUUCAAAUCCGGAACUUCUACUUCAAAACAAUGCAGAAGUACAUCGACAUUGGUGUACCAUAGAAGCUCGGAGUUUGUAUUCUCCUCGCAAUGUUAAUAAUAACAAGAGAUACAGUGGACAAAGAAAUGUCACCCUUUAUUCGAAUGUAGUGUAUCAUAGAAGGUUUCAUUUCGAUAGAAAGAUUCAAACUAGAGCUUUUUAUUUUUUUGUUUUCUUCAGAAUCAAAGGGGAAAAUGAACAAUAUGUACCUUUCAUCAUUUACAAUAAGGGAAAAGAAGGGUGUAAUCUUAGCGAGUUCAUUUUCCCCUAUUCUAAAUUUUUUCCCAAGAAUUCCGAAAAGAUUGUGUAAACUCAUAACUUGAUGUAACUAAUAUAGUGUACGAAAUUGGAAAUACUCUUGAUUCUUGUGGCA